GUGUAAGAGAAGGAAGGACAGAGAGAAGCUGCCGAACUCUCCGGUCAUAUUUGCUCCCUUAAACUGAAGAAGAAGAAAAGAUGAAGCCUGUGGUGGUCCUGGGUCUCUGCUUCUUGGUGGUCAUCUGUGUUGCUUCAGAUGCUGCCACCGGCCCUCAGCCUGCUGGUGAAAACCCUGCUCAAGAGGGGCCGUUUGUGGAGAGGGACCAGGCCUCUGAGGUGGUGAGACAGAAGAGAGCGGCUGCACAGUUAUCCGUGGCACAGCUGGAGAGCCUGAGAGAAGUGUGUGAGGCCAAUUUGGCUUGCGAGCACAUGAUGGACACAAAUGGCAUCAUCGCCGCCUACACUGCCUACUAUGGACCGAUCCCCUAUUAGAGGCCGCAACUGACCGCGCCCCAGAGCUGCCUUUUUGCUUGCAUUAUCACCUCUGAGCUCAGUUUUUUUUUCUAUGCUGCGAUUCAUAAAUAAGAGCGGCAAACGGAUCACAGUGGAAGAAGACAAAUGCCGACAUGUGGAUUUACUUUUGUUCCUACAUAGACCUUCAAGAAGCUCUAUAAUUCUGCCAUUUUUCUCACUCUGUAGAGUAUGGUGUAGAAAUUGAAUAAAAAUGAAUGUUA